AUGUCCGCAAACACCCCUGCCACCUGUCGACGAGCUCGGUCGCCCACAACCGACCCCCAGAGGCUCAAGAAGAGGGAGUCUGACCGCAAGGCCCAGCGCGUCUCACGCGAGAGGACCAAGAGCCGCAUCGCGUAUCUUGAAGACCUUGUCGAGAAGCUGAGCAGCGGGGAUGAUCACGACAAAACCUUAUCCUUGAUGGCUCAGCUAUCCGAGGUGACGAAACAGCGGGACUCGCUGGUUCGCUUUCUUGAUACUACGUCUUUGUCUUUUACUAGGCAUCUCUCUGAAGCUAAAAAGUGGGAGAGUAAGACUGUAUCACAAGAACAACCUCAGGCACAGCAGCCAAGCGUGUCAGGUUCUGUCUACAAAGAAUCUCCGGCGUUGCUGCCGGACUUGCUGGAGAUAUCUCCAGCCGGCAAUGCGCUUAGUCUCUUUUCGCCCAACUUCACUGGAACUUUCCAGGGGGACACAGCAUUAGAUGGUAGCCAGACCUGUGUAGAUCUAGACUCGGCAACGUACUGUGCAUCGAAUACCCACCACGCCGAUGACAAGACACCAGCAGCGCCAUCGCCUUGCGAUUGCAGUUCCUCAGAGACAAGGCGGCUCUCGGACGGAUCUGUUGUUAGCCGUAACAUAUGGCAAGCAGGCAACCAGGUCCUGAAAGGCCCUACUGGACUCCUGCCAGCCGCGAUGCUUGAAUUGGAGUGCGAGGCUAGCGAAGACGUCCCAGUCCGUGUUGUACUUUACGGCUGGGAUCACCUAGAGCAGUCAGGGAGAAUGACACCACUUUGGAGGAGGAUUCGGCACCUCGACGAAAUUUGCUUUUCUGGUUGUGGCCAGGUUGAGCGUCUCGCAGUGAUUCACAUGGUUCACCGCUACAUGCGCGCCUACGCUGACCCAACAUCGGCCAACAUUGAUGCCAUUCUACCACGGUGGUAUAUGAAAUCGUAA